CAAUAAAUGGAACUCAAUUCAGAGACAAAAGUUGAUGUUGUUGUUAUAGGAGCUGGAAUAAGUGGUCUUUGUGCUGCCAGACAGUUGGAGCGCCAUGGUUAUGAUGUUCAGGUGGUGGAGGCUAGAGACAGGGUAGGAGGCAGGACCUACACUAUUAAUGACCCUGAGUUUGGUGCAGUGGACCUAGGAGGUGCAUAUGUUGGUCCCACUCAGAACAGGAUUUAUCGGCUGGCCAAGGAGUUGGGACUCAAACUGUACAAAGUCAACUACAAACAGAAGACUGUCAUGGACCUUAGGGGCUGUUGGGGCAAGUUCAUGGGGACCAUACCACCAUUCUGGAAUCCCUGGAAGAUACUCGACCUCAACCACUUUAUUCGCACCUUUGACUUGAUGGCUGAUCAGGUCCCAGUGGAAGCGCCCUGGAAGGCCAAGAAGGCUCUCCAGUGGGACCGCAUGACGGUGGAACAGUUUGUGGAUGACACCGUCUGGACCAGAUCAGUAAAGGAGCUUGCUGACAUCUGUUUCCGCUCUAUUUUCUGCGUAGAGUUGAGUGAGAUAUCGCUACUGUUUGCCCUCUGGUAUGUGAAGAGUGGGGGAGGGGUAGCAAGGAUUUCAUCUGUCACCAAUGGGGCACAGGAGCGAAAGAUUUCUGGCGGCUCACAGCAGAUAUCAGACGGUUUGGCCAAACAGUUGAAGCGUGAAGUCAGGUUGUCUUCUCCUGUUGUCAAGGUUACACACAGAGAUGAUGUAACCACUGUAACAGACACCCAUGGUCAUGUUUACAGGUGCAAGUACGUGGUGAGUGCAGUACCCGCCCCAUUGCUGAACCGUGUUGAGUUUGACCCCCCGUUGUCUGGGAGACGCAUGCAGCUCAUGCAACGCAUGCCCAUGGGCUCGAUUAUCAAGACUGUCAUGUACUAUAAGACACCAUUCUGGAGAAAUUACAAUCUCAAUGGAAGUAUGAUGUCCUCACAGGGCGUGUGUGUCUACUGCCUUGACGACACCAAGCCUGAUGGUGAGCACCCAGCCAUUAUGGGCUUUGUGGUGGCCCAGCAUGCUCGUGAUAUGGCCUUGGCAACACCACUUGUGAGGAAGGAGGCACUAUGUGCCCUGUACACCCGUGUGUUUGCCUGCGAGGACUUCCUACACCCUGUGGGCUACCGAGAGUACAACUGGAUGGACGACCAGUACUCAGGGGGAUGUUACACCUCCGUCUUACCUCCCACUGUACUCACAUCCUUCACCAGUUGCCUGAGUGAGCCGUGUGGCUGCCUGUAUUUUGCGGGCACAGAGACUGCUACACAGUGGGCGGGAUACAUGGACGGGGCUGUACAGGCGGGGGAAAGGGCUGCAAACCAGAUACUCUGUAAGGAUGGCAAAAUCUCCCAGGACGACAUAGACAAAGACGAGCCAGAGUCUGAAGAUUUCCCUGCGGCCCCAAUUCCAUUCAGCUAUCUCGAGUACUACCUACCGAGUCCCUCCGCACUGCUACGCUGUGCUGUCAUUAGUCUAGUUGGGUUCACGGCCUGCAGUGUAUAUGUGUUUAUGUUCAGUUGGAAGGGGGCACUGUUUUGGCGAUGGGUUCGGUGGCGAUAUGAGGUGGACGACACGACCAUGUUCAACUUGAUGCAGAAAAUGGAUGUGCGGAAAAAAUGGAAUUUCUUAAAAAAGGUUAAGCCAAAAAAUGGUAGCAAUAACUCCAUUUUAAUGGAGAACGGAUUAUAAAGGUUGUCAAAAGAAGAAUUACAAGCGAAACAGUAUUAGAUUAUUGAACAAAAAUGUAUACAGUCUACUGCAGAUGGCUCAAAUUUGCUUUUCUUAACCCUUUGUGUGCUGGGUAAUUUGUCGUCUGCUAAAAUGUCGUCUGCUGAAUUUGUAAAAUAAGCUUUUUCUUCAAUUUUUUUUCAAAGAAUACUAUCAGAAUAGCAAACAGUUUGGAUCCAGAUGAGACGCCACGUUCUGUGGUGUCUCAUCUGGAUCCAAACUGUUUGCAAAGGCCUUUAAAAUUCAGCUCCAGCGCUUUAAGGGUUAAAAGUUGGUGCGUUUGGUUUGCUUGAACUCUACACACAAAUGAUUACUCUAAAAUGUUGAAAUCAUGUGAUUACUGCACACUUACUGUUCAGAAACAAACAAACUACAUUUUAGUUGACUCAAAGUUUUCAGGGCUCUAAGUUUUUGCCUGUUGAACUUGAUACACAAAAUCUGAAAAUAUUGUUUUUAAGAUGUAUUGAUGGUGAAAUCAAUUUUAAAGCAUUUGAAUGAUAGAUGAGAGAGAUGCUCAGGUGCUGGCUUGUGAUCACAUUUAAUCAUAUGUGUCUUGUUCUGAGAAAAAGGGGCAUAAUGCAUGUAAGUAGUGUCGUCCCAGAUUAGCCUGUGCAGUCCGCACAGGCUAAUCAGGGACGACACUUUCCGCCUAAACUUGAUUUUCGGCAAGGAGGGACUUCCUUGAAACUAAAAAUACCAUAAAAGCGGAAAGUUUGGUCCCUGAUAAGCUCGUGCGGACUGCACAGGCUAAUCUGGGACGACUUUUUACGCACAUGCAUUAAGCCCAAUUUUCUCAGAACAGGACACAAAAAUGGGUUUUCGUUCAUGUGGGUAAAGUAUUGUUCCAGAUAAGUGUGUACAGUCCUCACAGGCUGAUCAGGUAAAGUAUUGUUCCAGAUAAGUGUGUACAGUCCUCACAGGCUGAUCAGGUAAAGUAUUGUUCCAGAUAAGUGUGUACAGUCCUCACAGGCUGAUCAGGUAAAGUAUUGAUCCAGAUAAGCGUGUACAGUCCUCACAGGCUGAUCAGGUAAAGUAUUGUUCCAGAUAAGCGUGUACAGUCCUCACAGGCUGAUCAGGUAAAGUAUUGUUCCAGAUAAGUGUGUACAGUCCUCACAGGCUGAUCAGGUAAAGUAUUGAUCCAGAUAAGUGUGUACAGUCCUCACAGGCUGAUCAGGUAAAGUAUUGAUCCAGAUAAGCGUGUACAGUCCUCACAGGCUGAUCAGGUAAAGUAUUGUUCCAGAUAAGUGUGUACAGUCCUCACAGGCUGAUCAGGUAAAGUAUUGAUCCAGAUAAGUGUGUACAGUCCUCACAGGCUGAUCAGGUAAAGUAUUGAUCCAGAUAAGUGUGUACAGUCCUCACAGGCUGAUCAGGUAAAGUAUUGUUCCAGAUAAGCGUGUACAGUCCUCACAGGCUGAUCAGGUAAAGUAUUGAUCCAGAUAAGUGUGUACAGUCCUCACAGGCUGAUCAGGUAAAGUAUUGAUCCAGAUAAGUGUGUACAGUCCUCACAGGCUGAUCAGCAAAGUAUUGAUCCAGAUAAGCGUGUACAGUCCUCACAGGCUGAUCAGGUAAAGUAUUGAUCCAGAUAAGCGUGUACAGUCCUCACAGGCUGAUCAGGUAAAGUAUUGAUCCAGAUAAGUGUGUACAGUCCUCACAGGCUGAUCAGGUAAAGUAUUGAUCCAGAUAAGCGUGUACAGUCCUCACAGGCUGAUCAGGUAAAGUAUUGAUCCAGAUAAGUGUGUACAGUCCUCACAGACUGAUCAGGUAAAGUAUUGUUCCAGAUAAGUGUGUACAGUCCUCACAGGCUGAUCAGGGACAUCAUUUUCGGCUUUAAAGCAUUUUUUUUAAUUAGGUCUUUUCUAAACAAAAAUUCAGUCUAGGCGCGAGUGUUGUCCCUGACUUGAUCAGUCUGUGCUAACUGGAACAACGCUCUACCCACAUUCAUGAAACCUAGUUUUCCCUCACUGCGCCUCAUUAAAUUAAUGGAGUAAUCCUUGCAAGUAAGGGGAUCGAAGCCUCACUUUCUUCAUAAUCCAAUCUGGCAAACCAGGCAAUCCAUGUUAAGGAUUAGUUUUUAUAAACAAUUAAUGUUGAUAUCCAAACUUUAAUCGUAAACUUUAGUAUUAAGUUUAGGAAAUUACAGUUAUAUUUAACUUUGGAGAAAGAAUUUUCGUUAAAUAGUCCAGAUAAAAAUGUGUAUGAUUAAUUUACUUCACUGUGAUAACAUUUAAAUAUAACCAGUAAUUUGUUCAAAGUGCCUUUCCUCAUCUAUGCAUUUAAAUGCUGUAAAUACUAUUAUGCAGUGAAUGUUAUCAAAAAAUGUUUGAUUUUGUUAUCUUUAAAUGUAUUUUUUAACACAUGGUACCAGAAUUAAAUUGUUUUCAAAAAG